GAAAGCGAAAUAUGAUUGUUGUGUUGUUCUUGUGGGAAAUAACGUUAGUUGUUACUUGUUAGUUCAAUUUGUCAUUUUGUUAGUUAACUAUUUUCUGAUAUGUCGUCGUAAAUGCAGUUUUCGUAGUUUCAAGCUUUGUGCACCCAAAUGGAAAACAUUUGGCGUAACUAUCAACCAGACUGUCAGAUUUAUCGAUCUCACUAUUGCAUCACAACCCAGUGACAAACUCUCUUGUUUUAGUUGGUAGCUUUUGACAAAUAUGGGAUUAGAAAUGGAUGAAAUGCUUGAUAACUCUCACCAUAAAAAGUAUUCUAGUGAAUUAACUACUCAAGAAAAAGUGAUUAUUAGAAUAAAGAAGCAAGAGCCAGACGUUGACAUUGAAGGUAAAGAUUCAUCCUCCGAACAAGAAGAAGUUGUGUCAUACACUUGCGAAUUUGUUCAAAAAGUUGAUGAUACUGAAUCAGAGUUGAUCGAUGUUUGUGAUGAACCAAUUGAAUCUAUUCGUCAAGAUGAAAAUUUUAUAUAUCCAGCUAUAACUAACUCUGAUGAUGAAGAUACCAAUGAUGUGACAUGGCAACCACCAUCUAAUAUUUUAACUCCUGGGGAUCGCUUGACACGCAAACAUAAUAAGUAUAUGUAUUCAAAAGUUGAAAAAACCGUAUCAAAGAAAAAUAAAUGUAAAAAUAAUAAAAAUAAUGAAGUGACAAUUAAACGUUUGAAAAAGAGUCAUUUGUCAAAAAGUAAACAAGUCUUAGAAGACAUAAGUGUUUCAGAACCAGCUACUGAAUUUACAGAUGAAACAACGAUUAGUGAAUCAAUAACAAAAAAAAAUUGUGAUUCACUGACACCUAAAGUUGGGAGGCCAAGAAAAGGUAUGGCUACACCAAAACAACGCCUGGGGCGUAUAAUUAAAAUACACAAAAUGAUAAAAUAACUGCUCAGAAAAAAUCAGAGUAGAAUGUGUUUUCAUAUUUAAGUGCCAAAUAGCUUAUACUUUUAAUAACCAGUAGUAACUUAUAAUGUUCCAAUAAAUUAAUUGUAUACAGAAUUGUAUAUUGAAUUCAAACUACUUAAAAUCAUUUUACAUUUGUUCUCAUUUUGUAUAAAUCAAAAAUUGUUAUCAAAAUAUAUAUUUUACUCUACACAUUUUACCCAAAAUAAAAAUUGUAUCAAAUG